AUGUCGAGGCACGACAAACCUGAAAUUGAUGCGCCCGUGGUCCGUGUCAUGGUCCUCGAGACCGACAUGCCGCAUCCUGAUACUCAGACUGAGAAGGGUUCAUUUGGGGAUAUCCUCCACCACCACUUCACGGAAGCGGGCAAAGAGCACCAUCCGCCGCUUGGUGUUGAGACGGACCAAGUCUUUGUCGUCACCGAGCAAGGUGGCCGGCUACCAACGUGUGAUGAGUUUGACGGCUUUGACGGGCUGUUAAUCACGGGCAGCAUGUAUGAUGCCCACGGAAACAACCAAUGGAUUCUUGACUUGCUCGAGCUACUACGAGAACUUUGGUUGAAGAAGGAGAAGUUCUAUUUCACGGGAGUAUGCUUUGGGCACCAGCUCCUCUCGCGCCUCUUGGGGGCCAAGGUCGCCCCAUCGCCCAAGGGUGACUGGGAACUAGGCCAUAGUGCCAUCACGCUCACAUCUACGGGCCAGCGACUCUUCCGCACCAAGGACGACACGGUCUACCUACACCAGAUGCAUCAAGACCAAGUCGUAGCGCCGCCCAGCUCUGAGACGGCCGGUGGGCUGCUCGCGCCAGGCACCAAGGUCGAGUGCUGGGGGCGCAGCGAGCAUACCGCGGUGCAGGGGCUAUUCAUCAAGAAGAGGCUAUUCACGACCCAGGCUCAUCUUGCUUUCGACGAGGACAUGGUCAAGAGGCAAAUCGAGAUGCGGGAGGAAGCCGGGUCGUUGACAGAUCGUCAGCAUGCGGACCGGGCCAAGGAGACGGCGGAUAUAGAGCAUGACGGCAGAGAGGUGGCUAAGGCGAUCCUGCGCCUGUUCUCGUACGACGACGAUGGGUGGGAUGAAAUCGACGGAAUCUAG